GCUAAUAAUAAACAUCACUUGAGAGCUCCUAUAAAAGGACAGUAUACCACAUCUUAAUAGUAUUCUUACUACCUGUUGUAUCUGUGUGAUGGAACGAAAAACGAUUUUGGAAAUGGAGGCUAUUUUCAUUGGAAUGGGGCCGUCGAAAACACUCGUUGGUGCUGAUAUAAUGGUAAAUGACACUUACAACGUUACCAAGACGAUAGUUCCGGAUGGAAACACCACCACACCCGAGCGGAAGGAAGAACUUGUUAGAGUGGAGAUCGCCGUCCAAGCUGCUAUAUUCGCUCUUGCGAUUCUCGGCAACUGUUGUGUUCUCAUAGCUCUUUGUCGCCGAAGGAAGAAAUCCACGCGAAUGCAUAUCUUUAUAAUGCAUUUGAGUAUAGCUGAUCUGCAGGUAGCGUUCUUCAAUAUCCUUCCUCAGCUGAUUUGGGACAUCACUCACAGAUGGUAUGGCGGCGACUUCCUCUGUCGCUUCAUCAAGUAUUCUCAGAUAUUUGUCAUGUAUCUGUCGACGUAUAUCUUGGUGAUGACGGCUGUGGAUAGGUACCGGGCGAUCUGCCAUCCUCUUAGUAACCACACAUGGACUCCCCGACUUGUUCACGUCAUGAUAGGUGGCGCCUACGCCAUAGCUGCCAUUAUGAGUUUACCACAGUUGAUAAUGUUUAAGUACCAAGAAACAAAGGCCGGGUCAGGUGUGAUGGAUUGUUGGGUUCAUUUUGAUCCUCCAUGGACGCUUCAGCUGUACAUUACGUCUUUCACGGUGUUUGUAUAUAUAAUUCCAUUUUUUAUACUUCUGGCAUGUUACGGUUCUAUAUGUUAUACAGUCUGGCGGAAGUACCGACUUUCAAAGGAUUCUGGGAAAUAUAUCACACGUGACAACACUCCUGACCACAUGCAGUCAGUUGCGUUACAGAAUGGUAAAAUACAGAAUCACGUGACUCUUGUACCAAGAAAUCAUUCCUUCAGAGGAUUUUCAAGAGCAAAGUUGAAAACUGUUAAACUCACUUUCGUCAUAAUUCUGGCAUACAUCGUGUGUUGGUCACCAUUUUUCGUCUCUCAACUUUGGUGGUUAUAUGACGAAGCAGCACCUCUUACAAACAAUGCCCUGGUGAUAAUGUUGUUGCUGGCGAGUUUGAACAGUUGCUGUAACCCAUGGAUAUAUUUAGCAUUUAGCGGAAACAUAAUACAGACAUUAGCUCCAUGUAAGUGCACAAGGAUUGACGGCUCAGAAACUAAUGGAAACAAAUUGUGUGCCUGCGCAUGCUCAGACAGUCAGAAAAGCAAGAAAUGCCACAAACAAAAGUGGACAUUUCGAAGUGCUUAUUCGUUUGAUUCGACUCAAUCCAUUGGUAUUACAAAUUAUAGAAAAGAGGAUAAACGCUUAAAACCAAGCGAAGGUCUGUGUAAUACAAAUACUGAUGAAUACAUCGAGUUAAAUGGCGUACAACUAAACAGGUAGAAUCAGUAUGAUUAAGUGUUCCUACCGGAUGUUAUGAUAGCUCAGUCGAUAAAUCUGCAGACAAUGCAAUUUGAAGAGGAGCUCAGGUAUGUGUCAUCACACAUUUAUAGGAAUCCGAAAUCACGGCUCGGCCUAUGUAUGUGUCCGUUACAAAGUCACUUUACUCCAAUGGCUUUGGACCACAAUCAACGAGCCGCGCUAUAUUGCUGAGAAGAGUUUUCAUUAACUACUACAAACUCGCUUUGUCCAAGAAAGAUUAUGUCUGUUGACGGUGCAAAAAGAGUAAGUAAGAUCAAGAUGUUGUUGAAGCUUAAAAUGGACACCGGUCAUAAAACAUGUUGAAUAUAAGGUAUGAAGUAUGUGUUUAUAAAGAGAUGCCUUAAAUGUACUGUUGUGCGUUUCAUCGGUGUAUAUUUAUUGCUUGGUAUGGUGAUAUUAAAGACAUUAAAUCAUUU